CGCCACUGCACUCCAGCCUGGGAGACAGAGUGAGCCUCUGUCUCAAAAAAACAAAACAAAACAAAAAAACUUCUAAGUCAAGUAAGGUUCAAACACUAGAAGGCAGUGAAAUACGAAUUUGGGGCAAAAAAUUGGGUAAGACGGAAGACUGAAAAACUUAACUAUGAAUGUGCGUCUGAGGUAAAUACAUUUCAGUGUUUCCGUUUCUGCAACUCUUUCUAAGGAAUGGAAGCCCAGACUGCCUGGGAGGCAGGAGACCUCGUUUCCAGCUCCCGGCCUUUACUGCUGCUGCAAAUCCGAGACUGGCUAGAGACCAUCCGCUGCAGCGGACGUCGGAAAACGAGACCUCGCAGUUCAGGAGGGAGGAAAAAGACAUGCCCACGCCCUCAUCCCAACAGGCUGAGAAAGUGUUCAUGGUGGCUCGAGGGCUUGUCCGAGAGGCUCGGGAGGACUUGGAAGUUCACCAGGCCAAGCUGAAGGAGGUGAGGGACCGCUUGGACCGUGUCUCCAGGGAGGACAGUCAGUACUUGGAACUGGCUACUCUCGAGCACAGGAUGCUGCAGGAGGAGAAGAGGCUUCGCACAGCCUAUCUGCGUGCAGAAGACUCUGAGCGCGAGAAGUUCUCCCUCUUCUCUGCGGCUGUGCGGGAAAGUCAUGAGAAGGAGCGCACAAGGGCUGAGAGGACCAAGAACUGGUCCCUCAUUGGCUCUGUCCUGGGGGCCCUGAUUGGUGUGGCUGGCUCCACCUAUGUGAACCGUGUCCGGCUACAGGAGCUGAAGGCUUUACUCCUGGAGGCACAGAAGGGGCCUCUGAGUCUCCAGGAGGCCAUUCGAGAACAGGCGUCUAGCUACUCCCGCCAGCAGAGGGACCUCCACAAUCUCAUGGUGGACUUGAGGGGCCUGGUACAUGCUGCUGGGCCAGGGCAGGGCUCUGGGUCACAGGCAGGUACUCCCCCAACCAGAGACAGAGAUGUAGAUGUCCUUUCAGCUGCCUUGAAAGAGCAGCUCAGUCAUUCCAGGCAAGUCCAUUCAUGUCUAGAAGGCUUACGUGAGCAGCUUGAUGGCCUAGAAAAGACUUGUAGCCAAAUGGCUGGGGUGGUUCAGCUUGUAAAGGCUGCAGCACACCCAGGCCUGGUGGAACCAGCAGACGGGGCUAUGCCCAGCUCCUUGCUGGAGCAGGGGAGCAUGAUCUUGGCACUGUCAGACACGGAGCAGAGACUAGAAGCCCAAGUCAACAGGAACACCAUCUAUAGCACCCUGGUCACCUGUGUGACAUUUGUGGCCACACUGCCUGUGCUCUACAUGCUAUUCAGAGCCAGCUAACCCCUGGCCCCUCCUCCAGAGGGUCUGAGGCAAUAGCUGUGAAUGUGGAUUUAGGUAGAGAAUCGUAGCAAUGAAGUGAGCCUUUGGGGACGUGUACAAACUCAAUCUGAAGGAGCAGCAUCUGUGUGGCUCACCAGCAGGCACGCUUCGCUUUGUAGACAAGGUUCAUUUACAUUAAUUAUCAAAACUUUGUGCUAAUGUCCAAUUAAAAUAUCCUGUUUUAUUAUUUAAAACAA